UGAAACUUCUAUCCACAUCACCCGUACUUGCCCAUCUAUCUUCCGCCGUUGUUAGACCCUGUGUGAUUCUCUUGCUCCACCUUCAGUCAUGAUCUUCAAUCCUGGCUUUGCUGAAAUUGCACCUCAAAGCUGAUGCUCCCCAGACCAAGAUUGCCAUGGUCUGCGCUCUUUUGUGCGACCCUUUGGCACAUUUGGCUUGAUUGGAACUACUCACUUUGCUUCCAACAACUCUCUAACUUGCAUCUGAUUCCUUCUAAAUCCUUUGCUUUUGCUGCGGAAUUCUGGUUUCUACUCCCCCACUCAGUUUCCAAAUCCGUCUUCAGCUUUAUUCUUGUUAAAUGGCCACCCCCCAAAAUCUGGAUGGAUCAAGCUAAACUUUGAUGGAUCGUCCAAAGUUAAUCCUGGCAUGUCUGGUGCUGGGGGGUGUUCUUCGAGCUAGAUGAAUAUGGUAAUUGGAUUGUAGGAUUUGCGAAGAACCUCGGGCAUGGCUCGAAUAAUGCAGCAGAGUUCUGGGGAAUCAAAACUGGUCUCCGAAUUGCUCUUGAAAGUGGUUUUACGAGAGUUGAAGUUAAAAUCUGAUUCUCUUCGCUGUUAGCACACUGAAUAACAAUUAAAUAUUUCGCUAACAGAUCUCAUAGCUUGAUUGUGACUCUGUGCAGAUCAUUGAUCCGAUAAUUUGAGACGAUUGUACUUCAGCAUGCAUUUAGAGAAGCCAAUGAAUUUACUUAUACACUUGCCAAGCACGGUGCAAUAAUGGAAAAACCUUUAGUUGUUUCUGACUUUGUUCUUUUUUGUGCUUCUUGUUUUUUUUUACGAUGUAGUUGUUUUGUGUAUGAACCAACUUUUGUAAAGCUUGAUCUUAUCUACCAUUUAUAAAAUUCCCAUUUGCAC